UCCGGGCGGCCCAGGUCCCCCGAGGCCGGGCGGGUUCCGGCAGGUCGGAGGUCGGGUGUCGGGUGGUCACCCCAACCUCUUCCGCCACCUCCUCCCGUAGCCCACGCUCCAGGAUCCUCUCCAGAAAGGCGCGCGCAGGGCCGCCUGGAGGGGACCCCGAGGAUGCCCAGGUGACGGGGGACUCUGAUCGGGCCUGCCCGGGGCUGUCGGCGGCCCACAGGAAGCAUGGGCAUGCUGAGGGCCGGACUGUGCCCGGGCCUCACCGAGGAGAUGGUCCAGCUUCUGCGGAGCCACGGGAUCAAGACAGUGGUGGACCUGGCCGCAGCAGACCUGGAGGAGGUGGCCCAGAAGUGUGGUUUGUCUUACAAGGCCCUGGUUGCCCUGCGGCGGGUGCUGCUGGCUCAGUUCUCCGCUUUCCCCCUGAAUGGCGCAGACCUCUAUGAGGAACUGAAGACCUCCACCGCCAUCCUGUCCACCGGCAUUGCAAGCCUGGAUAAACUGCUUGAUGCCGGUCUCUAUACUGGAGAAGUGACUGAGAUUGUAGGAGGCCCUGGGAGCGGCAAAACCCAGGUGUGUCUCUGUGUGGCUGCCCAUGUGGCCCACAGCCUGCAGCAGAACGUCCUGUACAUUGACUCCAACGGAGGACUGACGGCCUCGCGCCUCCUCCAGCUGCUGCAGGGCAGAACGCAGGAUGAGGAGGAUCAGGCAGGAGCUCUCCAGAGGAUCCAGGUAGUGCGUGCGUUUGACAUCUUCCAGAUGCUGGACCAGCUGCAGGACUUCCGAGGCUCCGUGGCCCAGCAGGUCGGCCUGCUCUUCUGUUCCUCCUUGCUGUACCCCGCUUGCCAGGUGACCAACCACAUGACCCGAGACAGGGACAGUGGGAAGCUCAAACCUGCACUUGGACGCUCCUGGAGCUUUGUGCCCAGUACCCGGGUUCUCCUGGACAGCAUCGAGGGAGCAGGCACGUCAGGCGGGAGCCAGCGCGUGGCCUGUCUGACCAAGUCACCCCGUCAGCCAACAGGGCUCCAGGAGGUGGUGGACCUUGGGACCUUGGGGACUUCAGAGCAGGACCCUGUGUUACAAGGAGAGCAG